CGGCUGAAAAGUUAGAUAGGUGGGCCGAGGGCGAUCUCUCAAUAUCCUUUUUGCUCCCUAACAACUACUCCUAAUCCAAAAAUCGAUUUCUUACAUCGCCACGUGUCACGUUCACCUUAAAGUUCUCCUACAGUUCACUCAAACCCGUCACCAUCUCUAUAUUCCUUCCUCAAAAUAAAAUAAAAUAAAAUAAAAUGCUGCUGGCAGAAACAGCAGCGCUACCCUCUUUGAUAAAACCACUCCCCCGUCUUCGCACUUAUUCCGCAUUUCCUCUUCCUCAUCUUUCAGUUCCACUAAUUCCACUCACUAAUACUCUCUAUUUCCACUCUCGCCGGAGAGCAUUUCGUGCGGUGACUCCGAUGGCCGAGAAUAACUCCGCCGCCGCCGCCGCCGCCGAGAACUUGCCGGAGCACGUGGUCGGAGACUGGUACUCGGCGCCGGACCUUCGACUUCGCGACCACCGAUUCUCUGUGCCUCUCGACUACUCAGCGGAUCGUCGCAAUUCUUCUAAGAUCUCGAUCUUCGCUCGCGAAGUGGUUUCAGUCGGAAAGGAGGAGCAACCCCUCCCAUAUCUGUUAUACCUACAAGGUGGACCGGGUUUUGAGUGUCCACGACCAACUGAAGCCAGUGGAUGGAUACAGAGAGCAUGUGAAGAAUUUCGUGUUGUAUUGAUGGAUCAGCGAGGAACAGGCUUAUCAACUUCCUUGACGUCUUCGUCCAUGUCCCAAUUGAAGACUGCCAAGGAUUUAGCUGACUACAUAAAAUACUUCCGAGCUGACAAUAUAGUAAAUGAUGCUGAGUUUAUCCGAAUCCGCCUUGUUCCUGAUGCUGGAUCUUGGACAGUUUUGGGUCAGAGCUAUGGUGGUUUUUGUGCAGCAACUUAUUUGAGUUUUGCACAAGAAGGACUAAAACAGGUCCUCCUAACUGGAGGAAUCCCUCCAAUUGGAAAUGAGUGCACUGCAGAUGUUGUGUAUAGAGCAUGCUUCGAACAAGUUAAACUUCAGAAUGAGAAGUACUACAAGAGGUAUCCUCAGGAUAUCAAGAUAGUUCAAGAAGUUGUCAACUAUUUGUCAGAAUUUGAAAAAGGAGGAGUGGAUCUUCCAUCCGGGGGCAUCCUAACCCCUAAAAGCCUGCAAGUCCUUGGUCUUUCUUGUCUAGGAUCCAGUGCCGGUUUUGAGCGCUUGCACUACAUGUUUGAGAUAGUCUGGGAUCCUCUAAUAGUUCCAGGAGCACCAAAGCAAAUUAGUUAUAACUUCUUGGACGCUUUUGAGAAGUCCAUAUCCUUCAACACAAAUCCACUCUAUGCUCUUCUGCAUGAAGCCAUAUACUGUCAGGGUGCUUCAUCGCAGUGGUCUGCUAACAAAAUAAGGGCUGUAUAUGAGAGCGAAUUUGACGCGAUCAUGGCUGCAAGAGAACGUCGCCCUGUACUUUUCACUGGAGAGAUGAUCUUCCCAUGGAUGUUUGAUGAGAUUCACGCCUUAAAGAAAUUCAAAGAUACUGCGCAUAUAUUGGCAGAGAAGAAGGAUUGGCCUCCGCUAUACAAUAUCAAAGCGCUAAAUAACAACAAGGUUCCUGUUGCAGCUGCUGUCUACUAUGAAGAUAUGUACGUCAACUUUAAGUUGGCCAUGGAAACAGCUUCUCAAAUAGCAGGGAUUCGGUUGUGGAUAACUAAUGAGUACAUGCAUUCUGGUCUGCGCGAUUCAGGAAGCCAGGUUUUUGAUUAUUUGAUGGGAAUGCUUAAAGGAAAGAAGCCUUUAUUCUGAUCUGCAUCUCAGUUCCGACAUAUUACUUCGAAGUUGAUCUUUUAAUUUGUUAAGAUUUAAUUUUUGUUCAUCUAUAGUUUGGUAGGAUAGAGAACUUUUGUGGAAUUCUAUCAACAUCUUGAUGUUCAUAAUGAGGUUUACU